UCAGAAUUUUCAAAGUUGGGGGUUAGGGUUCUCUUCAAUUCAAAACCACAAAACCUUCAAAACCACACAACCACAAGGCUUUCUCUCAUUUCUGCAAUUCCUUCCUGAAAUUAGUCGAGGGAAAAAGAUUGUGGGUGUUUGUGAGUUUAUUCGCAUGGAAUCUUCCUCUAAUUCUGGAGCUGGACCUGAUCGAAACAUCCCCAUUAAUAAACCUCGAAACAUCACUGUCAAUGCCGAUUACGUUUGAACCAGAAAUCUCCUUAGCCAAAAUACCAUCCUUUUUCUUCUCCACGCUAUCUAUGAAGCUCGUGAGCGUAUCACGAGCACAGAUGCCCACAAGCAAGGGAUUCCUCCUCCGCGCUAACACCUCGCCAAUCCUUCUACAGUUUUCUUCUCCGUCGAAAAAGGCGGCAAAGCUCGGAAACGGGAAGCUGAAACUCCGACGAGGGCCCUGGUCGUUGUCUGGAUUCGAAUUCUCCAAAUUACAGAGGAAGACAGGAGGACCGCGUGGUCGAGGGUAUCUGAGGAGAUUGGGGAGCGGCCGGAUAAUGGCGAGCUUGAUUUCGGAGCUCCAGAAACUCGCUUCGACUUUGAUGCACGAGAUAUUGGACAGGUUCUGCUGCGAGAUAUCGCGAUACAGAUGGAAAUUCUUGGGCUGCCUCCGCUGGUUGGCUUGGGACCGUUUUAUUGCCGCCAUGAGCGGGUUCGACACGGGUGGCGCGGGGAGUGCGCAGCGUUCCGAGCCGGCACGCAGGCCUCACGCAAAGGGGAAGAAGAGAGCGACAAGAGCGCUAACACCGCGUGAAGUGAGGUGGUCUGGGCAUGACCCCUCCGACGAGCUACCCCAACUGCCUCGUCAAGUGCGUUGGCUGCCUCCGGCGUCAAGCAUUGCCUGGCCACUGUCACCGCUGAAAUCUUAUCUUAGCUCACCACCUCUGUUGACUAAGGCUGUAGAUGGAGAGAUUCUUUACUUGUACCUGGGGAUUUCAGAUGAGGCCAUUAGUUCAGUUCUGGUGAGAGAGAAAGUCAAGCAACAGAAACCAAUCUAUUACAUCAGCAGUGUAUUACACGGAGCAGAGCUGAGAUAUCCUAUAGCGGAGAAAGCAGCACUAGCAGUUGUCACUUCGGCCAGGAAGUUGAGGCCAUAUUUCCAGUCACACCCAAUUAUCGUUCUCAUAGAUCAACCUCUUUGGCAGAUUCUACAGAAACUACAGUGCUCUGGAAGAUUAAUUAAGUGGGCAGUAGAAUUGGGAGAGUUUGAGAUAACAUUUCAGCAGAGAUCCGCAAUCCGAGCUCAAGCAUUAGCAGAUUUUAUUGUCGAAUGCACUCCAUGUCCCUCAACCUCUACUCCAGAGCCCAACGAAUGGACCUUAUAUGUUGACGGAGCAUCUAGUAGCAAGGAUUCAGGGGCUGGCGCUCUCUUGAUCGGUCCAGAGGGAUACCGAAGCGAACAUGCCCUAAAGUUCAACUUUGAUGCGACAAAUAAUAUGGCUAAGUAUGAAUCUCUGCUACUUGGUCUACAACUAGCAUUAGAGUUGAAAAUCAGUGCAAUUCAAGUCUUAGAUGAACCAAGCUUCACGAAGCCUCGGGUGAUGGAGAUUAGCACAAACCCUGACACGCCGAGCUGGACUGAUUCGAUUGUCUCCUUUUUACGAGAUGGGAUCAUACCUGAGGACAGGCAGGAGGCAAUGAAAUUGAGGAAGAAAGCAUCUCGGUAUACACUCGUUGAUGGGGUCCUGUAUAAGAGAUCUUUCUCACUUCCUCUUCUACGGUGUUUAAACCCCUAUGAAGCUGAAUAUGCACUUCGGGAGAAAUGCCCGAAAUGUCAAUUCUUCGCACAUCUGACUCACCAACCAGCAGAAGAGCUCACGAACAUGGUAGCACCGUGGCCAUUUGCUCAGUGGGGAUUGGAUCUUUUAGGCCCAUUCGUGAAAGGGGUUGGUGGUGUAACCCAUCUGGUUGUUGGUGUGGAUUAUUUUACAAAGUGGGUUGAAGCUCGGCCUUUAUCUAGUCUUACCUCCAAGAAGGUCGAAGAUUUUGUUUUCAGCUCGAUCAUCUGCAGAUAUGAGAUCCCAAAUCAGAUUGUGGCCGAUAAUGGAACUCAAUUCAAUUGCUCCUCAUUUCGAGAUUUCUGCUCCAGUUAUGGGAUCAAGUUACAGUUCACCUCCGUUUAUCAUCCGGAGUCCAAUGGCAUGGUUGAAUCUGUUAACAAAUGCAUUUUGGAAGGUAUAAGGCCGAGAUUGGAACAGCAUAAGGCCAAGUGGGCAGACAAGCUCAACAACGUCCUUUGGGCAUACAGAACCACGAGCCGAACUACCACAGGAGACCUUGUUCUCAGAAAAGCUGGCCUAACAGGGUUUGAAACUCGUUUUGGCAAACUCGCCCCGAAUUGGGAAGGCCCUUACACCGUGGCCGAGGUGCCACAUCCUGGUGCCUAUGUCCUCCAAGACGCUAAAGGAAAGAGAGUUCCUAGAGUCUGGAAUGUGAAUAACUUGAAGAAAUUUUACCCCUAAUAAAAUUCUUUCAAGUGAUCUAUGUCUUACUGUUCUUUACGCUUCUCACUUCGUGUUUGUGGAGAUUCAUUUUAUCUCUUAUUCUAUGUAUCUGAGGUCAAUCAGUUCAUUCAUUCCUUGAACCUCACUUCUGUUAAUAAAAGUCACUUCACAUU